AUUUUUUCCCACCCAGAAAAUUAUUGAUCCAGAAUAUUAUUUUCAACGGUUUUAGGAACCCCCGAUUUUGUACAUGGGGAAUAAAGUAACCUGAUUGGCUAAUUACAACAAAGAAUAUAAUAUUGAACCAUAAAAUAAAAAUAACCGAGUAACGAUCGGGAUUUCCAAUAUUCGGACAGAUACCUAUAUAUUUGUCAUGGUAGGCCAGUUGUUGUCGUAUUGUUAUUAUUCAUAAGCGAGUUAUUUUCAUAUUGCUUACAACGCAAAAAGCCCACAACAGUAUUCUAGAUUCUUCCAUUUUUAAUUUUUCGCGCGUCGGUCACCAUCAACUUGCAGUCGUGAAUUCAUCGAGUUGCCUAUUUUUAAAUCGUAUUCCGAUUUUUUCUACAACUUCUGAGCCGCGUGAGUAUUUUCGUUUUUGUUGUUGUGCAAAAUUAUUGCGUAUCUAUCGCUAUAUUACCGAAAAUGGAGUAUUCCAAAGAUUUUGAGGUAUAUUCCAAACCAUUACUGAAGGCUAAAGUCCUAAAACAAGUUUUGGUAAAACAUGCUGCCAUGAAAACUGCAGAAGACAAAUUUAAAUACACCCAAUCUCUGUUCAUGAAGUACAAGAUGGUACGUGAUGUCAAGUAUAUUAAACGGGCCUUUCAGUGCUGUAUAAGUUUAAAAGACACUAAAAUUCGAAUAUGUGGCAACGAACAGUUCAGGGAAAAAAAAUACGAACUGGCAAUCAAUACUUACACCGUAUGUUUGAUGAAAGGGACACCGGGCACGUUAAAUUAUGCGUUGACAUUCGCCAACCGGUCGGCCGCGUUGUUCGAAUUAUCCAUGUACUCAUCGUGCAUGACGGACGUGCAACGGGCCAUCGACACCAAAAUGUAUCCCUCGGAGCUUCUAUACAAGUUAUACAUGCGGGCCGGCAAUGCCAAUCGGCUCAUGGGUCACUCCAAUCUAGCCAAAAUGAAUUAUGAAGAAUGCUUGAAACACUUGGUGUACGCUGCCAUGUCUAAGAGGCAGAAAACUGCAUUCAAAACUGACGUUUUAAACUUCAUCGACAUGUGCAAUAAUAUGGGGAACUUGAAUUACUUACGAAUAAACGACCAACUGCCAGAGCUGUUGGGAGGACCGAAUGAACAAAUUCCGGCGUUUUCAAAGUUUUUAGAAUUGAGGUGCACUACGAAUAUGGGAAGAGGUGUUUACACUACUCGUGACUUAAACCCAGGUAAACAUCACUACUCACUGUUUUUAAUAAUUGUUCAGAAAAACUACUUUAAACUUCUUGUGUAGUUUCCUAAUAAUACAGUAGCAAUUAUGUUAGGUACAAUUAAGAACUUAUUAUUAAUUUGCACAUGGUCAAGCCUUUAGAAUAUUGGAAAGUGAAUGAAAAAUUGGAACAUGUAAUACUAGUAGAAAUGAAAAACAGACAGUGAGAGGUUGUGAAGGAAAAAAAUAUAGAAGAUAAUAGUAGUAUAGAAGAUAUGUAAGGUAAUAUUGAUAUAUUAUGUAAUGACAGCGAAAGGUUUGCCUUUGAGGCCUUUUCUAAGGUCUGGGAAGCAAUAAAAGUCACAAGGGUGCUAAAUGGGUAAAUCUGGUGUGGUAGGCGUUGAAGGACCUCGAACUUCAAUUGUUCAAGAGCAGUGCUGGUUGUAUUUAAUGUGUGAGGUUGUGCGUUGUUGUGUUACAAUAAAAUGAUCUCCAUUGAUACUGUAAACAAUUUGUAACAAUGAAUGUUUUUUCGGAUUAACAUUAUCAGCGGUUUAAAAUGCUGGUACAUACUGUUUAGAAACAAGUCAAGUGAUGUUCAAGCACAAUUUCUCAGUUAUAAACGAUUAAAAUAGUUAUAUUUUGACACCAAAUAGAAUUCAUUAUCUUAUUACAAUUUUGAGUAAUUGGAUAUUGUGCAUUGCCUAUCAUUCGCUCCUAUAUUCUGGAAAAGUGUUAUUAAGAUUAUACCUAAUUUAAAGUUGAUAAUAAUUUUCAAUAUUUGAGAAAAUUUAAAAAACAUGCACCAAACAUCUAAUGUUUUUCAUUUCACUGGCUUUAUGUGGAGUUAUCUAUAAAAAAAAAAGACUUUUUUACAAUUAUCAAUAAUUAUUCAAUACCUAUUAAUAGUUUUUUUUUUUUUUUUCAUUUCAGGUGAUACUGUUGCCAUUGAUUCAGUUUAUAUAUGUCGUCCUUCAUUAGAUAGUCUAAACUUGUGUUGUUACUCUAGAUGUUUAGAAGUAAAUUGGGCUGUUAUACCUUGCCCAAAUUGUAGAUUAGUAAGUUUCUAAUAAAACAAAUUAUAUAUAUAUAUAUGUAUAAAGGAUUAAUUUUACAUUUCAGUAUUUGGAAUUAAUAUUUGGAUAUUUAUUUAAUUUUAAAUAUCGGUAGAAUAGAAUUGUUGACAGUGUAUUAUUAUUAAUUAUUUAUAAAAUUAAUAUUUAAAUUAGGUUAUCAAUUUUUGGUUAUGUCAUAAUGUUCAUAUUUGAAUUAACUAUUACACCUAUAUUUUAAAAAUUGUCAAAUUUAAUUAUGCAAUACAAAUUAUAUAUUAUUACUUUAACCCAGAGGUGUAAAUGACACCAUGUCCAUUAUUUAUGAAAUUGAGUUAGCAUUGAUUUCAAUUAUUGAAAAUUUGAUUUCUUUUUAAAGUUAAUAUUUUAUGGUAUGGUGUCUUUUAUCUUCGGGUACAAAUUUAUAAAUACUAUAAAAAUUUUAAUUUUCGUAAGUAAUACUAAAUUGUUCUGUUAAAGAGCUUUAACAUGUAUUAAUCAUUAAAUAAGUGUAUAUUUCAAAUAUUUAGGAAUAUAAAAUAAUAAUAAUAUAGAAACUCGUCAUUAGACGACAGUCCCUAGAAAAAAUAUUGUUUCUGAAUUCAUUUACAAUUAUAAAACUACAACAUCAGCUACUUACAUUUUUGUAUGUAAAACAAUUACCUAUUUUUUUUUUCAAAUGACAACCUAUAUUAAAAAAUAAAAUAAUACAGUAAAAAAAAUUUAUUAAAAUGGUUAAUACUCCUAAAUAAAAAUUAAUAUAAUUAUUUAUUUAUUUUUAUGCAAACAUUUUUUUUAUUUAUAUAUUUAAUAUAAGUUGCUGUAAUUUGACAUUGAAAAUUAAAAGUAGGAUGUUUUUUCACCUCCAAAACUUAACCAAAAAAUUUUUUUUUUCAAAUUUUCUUAAAAUACAAAACUAGGAAAAAAGACCUACAAUAUUUAACAAUUUCAAAAAAUGAUGCUGUAAAACAAACAAAAAAUACAUAUCCCGUUAAAAAUUCAAAAUAAAAUAUAUAGGUAUAUUCUGUAUUUAUGAAACAUUAAAUACAUUUUUAAAAUAAUGUAAUAUUUUAUAGAUAAAACUAAAAUAAAAUACUUAAGUCAUCAAUAUCUCAUCUUUUUUUAAUAUAGACAUUUUAUAGUUUUUUAAGUUGAAUUAUUAUUUACCAUGGGUAACAAUUUCAAAAGUCUUCAUCAUUGUUUUAAAAGUUUUUUUUUUUUUUUAUUAAAAAAAGUACCAACUUAAUAGUAUAUGUUAUUUAAUGUAAAUUUAAAAAUAAUAUGCUAUAAAAAGUUUAAACUAUGUAUAUAUUUUCUACAGUUGGUCUAUUGCAAUGAAGAGUGCAUGCAAAAAUCAUAUGUAGAAGAUGCGCACAAUUUGGAAUGUCCAACAUUAAUCUACGCUCCCACAUUACCAGGAAAAACUAUGAUCAAUUUAUUGGUUAUUAACUGGUUUUUUAAAGCUAUUUCCCAAAUGGGUUUGGAUAAAUACUGUUCAAUAGUGCAUGACUUUUCAAAGACAAAAUUAGAUCUCCUUACUAGGGGCUUUAAUGGAAAUGGCCAAUACAUUUCUGAUGAAUUUUUAACAAACUAUUCUUUGUAUAACGAUGAAAAUAACAUUUCAUCGGAAGUUUCAUUUUUCUUUAGUUGCAUUGCAACUAAUAUUUUACAUUGUAUCAUAAAGAGAGGCAUGACAAUUCCCAAACAUCAAAUAGUUACUGUUGGUGCUUCAUUUUUGCACAUGGUUAAAUUAUUAUCUUCAAACGCUAUCAAAUUCAGAACAAGUUGGGGUCGUUGGGAGGAAGUAUUUGCACGUGGUUUAUAUCCAUCCAUAUGUUUGUUUAACCAUUCUUGUGACGCAAAUGUCACCUCAUAUGUGUUGGAUAAAAAAACUGUGGUUCUGAAAACUUUACAACCAAUUUCCAAAGGAAGUCAGGUGACUAGUAUUCAUUUAACUUUCAUUAAAAUAAUAUAAAUAUUCAUUAUUUUAUUAUAAAUUAUGUUUUAAUGUUUUAGUUGUGUAUAUCUUAUGGUUUGAAUUUUCAAAAUAAUAACAAACAAUGGAGAGACUUACAUUUUAAGAAUGUGUUGAAGUUUAAAUGCCUUUGCCAGCCUUGUAUAGAAAAUUGGCCAACUAUUCGAUACACGCCAAAUCGUUUAUCUACACAGUAUGUGUUUCCUUUAUAUCAUAAUUAUGAGUUAUAUUUCCUUAUUUGAUUUUAAGUUCCACAUAAUUUUUUUUUUUUUUUUUUUUUAGUUAUCUUCUUAACCCUAAUAUGGCAUACAUUGUGUCAUUGGAGUGCAAAAAGUUUCUAGAAUUUCAAAAUACUGUGGCGAAGGAAACUAAUUUCCAUGAGGAAGAGCAUUUAACUUAUUUGAUCAAUUUUGCGAAGUUCUUAUUUAUAAAUGUAAAACGACCAUUUAAAUUAUAUGAGGACUGUAUUGAUAUGCUAUUUGUUGCUCAAAAAACAAUGCUCGGUGUUCAUAAAGAGUCUCCUGAUGUAAAAUCUAUAAUUAAUUAUUUUGUUAGGCUUGAUUAUUUAUAACUAUUUUAGUUUAUCAAAAAGUUUUUUGAUUUUUUUUUUUUUAAUUAUUAUUACAUUUAUACAAGGAGUAUAAUAAUAUAACAGUUUAAUUUGUUUAUUAUAUUAUAUUUGCUAAAUUUUUUUUUUUUUUUUUUUAUAAAUUUAUAAAAUAUAUGUUUAACAAAACCAUACAGUUAGGCAAAUAUAAUUA